UGUACAAAUUCGAAUGUUUAAGCUAAGGUCGGCUUAAGCGUCUUAGUGUCUGGGUAAUUAAGUUGCUUGAUAUAUAACCUACAGUAUCACUAUGAUGAACAGUUUAAAUACCAGAAGUCUUGAUGACUAUCGUGUAAAUGCUUGUGAUGCAAUCCAGUUCAAACUAAUUAGGGACAAGGGAGCUAUCGAUUCGGCGGAUACAUUUAAUCCUGAGUUCACUCACCAAAUCUUCGGUGAAAGUGAACAAAUAUUCGGAUAUCGUGAUCUCAAAGUUGAUAUUUUUUAUGCAGCAGACACCCUGUCAACAUGUAUUGAUAUUUCCUAUACAUCAAAAGUUGACCCUCAACUUUCCAAAGGUGUAAUGCCUGACGAUAUUCUGCACAUAUUAUCUGAUGUUUAUCCAUAUGACAUCAGUAAAAACCGGAAUAAUUUUCUAAAAAACUUUGAUGAAACGUUUACUUUUACCCCAUAUGGAGUUAACAGAUAUAGUUAUCAAAUUAUGAAAGAUAAACAUCCAAAGAAAUUUUCUGUUUUUUUCAUCGAACAUGGAAUGCCUGGAUUUGAACAAUUCCUUGAAUAUCAUAAACGGAUGGAAUCUUUCCUUCUUUUCUUUAUAGAUGGUGCAUCUGCUAUAUCUACAGACGAUAUUCAAUGGUGUUAUUAUAUGAUUUAUGAAAAUAUUGGUCAAACAGAUGACGGAAAAUCCAAAUAUGGAUUUAUUGGUUACAUGACAGUUUAUAAGUUUUAUGCUUAUCCCAAAAAUCUUCGACCACGUGUUAGCCAGGUCCUGAUUCUUCCACCUUAUAGAAACAAUGGACAUGCUACACAACUUUUGCAAACUUUUUAUCGUGAUUUUGUGCCAAUGUCGAAUGUCAUUGAUAUAGCAGUUGAGGACCCAUCACCUGAUUUCCAACGUAUUAGAGAUUUAUUGGAUUGCAAACGCUGCCUGGAAACUCCAGAAGUGAUGCAAACUUUAACACACUCUAAUGGUGUGAAUGGACAUACUAUCAACGAAAAAUCUUCUGCAAUACAUUUCCGAGAAAUUUCUAGGACAAAGUUAAAACUAAAUCGUUGUCAAAGUCGACGAGUGUAUGAAAUUCUUCGAUUGUAUUUGUUACCUCGUACUGAUGAAUAUGUGAAAUCGUUUUCUGACGCAUUAACUAAGCGUGCCACUGCAUACUUUCAGCGAGUCCGACCAGAUGCUAUGCGAGGGUCUUCUUUGAUGUCUAAACCAGUUGGUUCUUCUUCUUCUUCUUAUAAUCCAUUGAAAAAAGCAUUUGACGAAGCUGCGGAUGAAUAUUUUGAAAGUCAACUUCAUGAAGAAGUAUCUACCUUGUUGAAAAACUACCAAGAUAUUGUACAUAAACUUGAUCGUUUCGCCUCAUCACUUAGAAAACAAUCCUAACUGAUGUCAUAUAAGAUUUCCCGUUGUAUUGUUUUUUCUGAAAAGAGUAUUGCACCAAGAUUUCUACUCAAUAAAGAGUG